CAGUAGUAAUAAUGUUCGUUUUGGCAGAAGGAUUUAUUUACAUGUUGAAACUAUGCGAGAACAUAAGUUAUGUACUGGUGACCAUGUUUUCGUCAGAAAAGAAGUUGAAAACGAGUUAGAGCAAAAGAAUACAUUCGUUGAGAUGGUCACUGUGGGUAUCGCUUGGCCAUCAUUUGCUAUUAAAAAAAACCAGAUCCAAUUAAAUACAUUGCAACGUGAAAAUGCCAAUCUUGAGGUUGAUGAUAUCGCGAUUUUGUCGCGUAUAAAAAGUUUCAUCGUAAAUGCAUCUAGAAUUGUACUGAAACCAUUAGGAAAUGUCGAUUUUCCUAUCGAUCAAAUGUUGAAUAUUUUUGCAAAAGAAAUUUUAAUAGACCUUAAAUAUUUAAUGAAAGGCAAUCGCGUAGAAUUUCAAUAUCAUGGAACAAUAAGAAGUUUUCAUGUGGAAGAUGUAAAUCCUGUGAAAGAUGAGAAUGCUAUUGAAGAUGGUUGCUUAGAAAUUGGUUUAUAUCCCGUUUGCCGAGAUACAUCUGUUGUAAUUUUACCACACAUUGUUAGUAAAGAUAGAAAUGUAAACGAUAAAUUUCCUGAAGUUGGCUAUGAUUCAAUUGGUGGACUAACAGAACAAAUUAAAAUAAUUCGCGAGAUGGUAGAAACUCCUCUAAAGAAUCCCGAGUUAUUUACCCAAUUUGGAUUACGGCCACCCAAAGGAAUCCUUUUAUAUGGGCCUCCGGGAACUGGAAAAACGUUAAUUGCACGUGCAGUUGCAACAGAAACAAAAUCCCAUGUUAUUUGUGUGAAUGGUCCCGAAAUAAUUAGUAAAUUUUAUGGGGAAACUGAAGCAAAGUUAAGAAAUAUAUUUGACCAAGCGACUGAAAAUGCACCUUCAAUUAUUUUUAUUGACGAAGUUGACGCGUUAUGUCCUAAACGCGAUGAGGCAAGUAAUGAAUCGGAAAAACGCAUUGUAACAACAUUACUCACUUUAAUGGAUGGGAUCACUAACAAAAAAAAUCAUGAAACGCAACAUGAUCGUGUUGUAGUUAUUGGAGCAACAAAUCGUCCAAAUGCUUUAGAUCAAGCAUUGCGAAGGCCAGGAAGAUUUGACCGCGAAAUUGAAAUUACGAUUCCAAAUGCUAUUUCGCGAUGUUCUAUUUUAUCGACUUUAUUGAAAAAAAUCCCAAACACUCUUACAAUCGAAGAAAUAAAUGCAUUAUCGUCUAAAUCGCAUGGUUAUGUUGGUGCAGAUCUGGCAGCUACUUGUCGAGAAGCCGGAUUAAAGGCCAUUAAAAGGUGUAUAAAGGGAAAUAAACGAGAUGAUGUAAAAGUUAACAUACAAGAUAUGGAAGCUGCUAUGGCUGAAAUUCGGCCAAGUGCUAUGCGAGAAAUUCUCUUAGAAGUUCCUAAAGUAUAUUGGUCAGAUAUCGGUGGCCAACAAGAAAUCAAACAGAAACUAAAGGAAUCAAUUGAAUGGCCAUUACAACAUCCCGAAGCCUUUCUAAGGUUAGGCAUAAGACCUCCAAAAGGUAUAUUAUUGUAUGGACCUCCAGGAUGUAGUAAAACCCUCAUGGCCAAAGCUUUGGCGACUGAAGCUGGUUUGAAUUUUAUCGCUGUGAAAGGUCCUGAGCUUUUCAGUAAAUGGGUUGGUGAAUCAGAGAAAGCAGUUCGUGAAGUAUUUCGUAAAGCACGUGCAGCCUCUCCUUCGAUCGUUUUCUUUGACGAAAUUGACGCUUUAACUGUUAAACGUGGUAUUGGUAUAGAAAGUGGUACUUCAGUUGCAGAUCGAGUUCUAUCUCAAUUAUUAAAUGAAUUAGAUGGAAUUGAACCGUUAGUAAAUGUAACUGUUGUAGCUGCAACUAAUCGUCCAGAUAUUAUAGAUAAUGCGUUAUUAAGACCUGGACGAUUUGAUCGGAUCUUAUAUGUAAGUCCACCUGAUUUACAAUCCAGAAAAGAAAUUUUUCGAAUUCAAUUAAAAAAAAUGUCACAUGCUAAAGUUGUCAACGUUGAAGAAUUAGCAACAAAGACCGAUAAAUGUUCUGGUGCUGAAAUUGUGGCUAUAUGUCAAGAAGCAGCUUUAUAUGCUAUGGAUGAAGAUCUUGAGGCUAAGGAGGUAAGGAAUGAUCAUUUCUUUAAAGCGAUUUCUUCGUUUACACGUCGUAUUACACCUGAAAUGAUUAAAUUUUAUGAUGAUUAUCGAGAAAAAUUCGAAAAAAAUUAA